CCACAUUGGGUUCCCAUUUACUUUAAUCUCUUCCAUGUUUCCAUUUUGUCAGAGGAAAUGCUACAUAGGCUUCUAGUGAUGCAAGUGUUGUGGCUCGACCCAAAAUGGCUAAUCCACUAGAAAUGUUGGAAGCCUCAUGCACUAGACUAGUGCGUCGAAUGGUUAGCCUCCCACGAGCCAUAAUGGAUCAAGGACUAGACCUCAUGAGAAACCACCACCAAUUCCCACCACCAAAUGUUCCUCAUGUCUACAACCACCACCCUCCACUAGAUCACUCCAUUAAUCAUCUUCAACCAGAUCUGAGUUUUCUAUCAUGUUUUGAGCAACACUUUGGCAUCAUCCAUCCGUUCUUCUAUGCAUGUAGGUUCGUGGAGGCGUUAAAGAUGGCUCAAGAUGAACACAAGUUUGUGUUCUUGUACUUGCAUUUGCCUAAUCACCCAUUUACACCACAUUUUUGUAAGGAAACUUUGUGUUCUGAAGUAGUGGUGCAGUUUCUUGAUGCAAAUUUCGUGUCAUGGGGUGGUGUUGCUGAUCAAGGUGAGGGUUUGCAUAUGGCUACAACACUUCGGCCAGCUAGCUAUCCGUUUUGUGCGGUUGUCGCCCCUGGUUCAGGCCACAACUUAGACGUGGUUCAACAGAUGGAAGGGCCGGUGACCCCAGAAGAACUAGUAGAAAUACUACAAACGAUACUCGAGGAGCAACAAUCAGCGUUCGGUAAUAGAAGGGCACAAGCUGAAGAAAAAAGAAAGGCCGAUAUUCGAUUGAUACAAGAACAAGAUGCCGCUUAUGCUGCCUCUCUCCAAGCGGAUCAGGAAAAGAUGUCAAAACUAGAAAAUAAAGCUCAACACGAAGAAAAUGCAACUGCCAAUGGUCAACAUUCCCAGAUUUUAAUACGGUUUCCAAAUGGAGAAAGGAAGGAGAAAACAUUCUCAAGUUUAGACAAAAUGGAAGCCAUUUUCAAAUUCAUCGAUUCACUAGGCAUACCAGGAGUUGGUGAAAACUACAGACUCGUAUCAAGUUUUCCUAGAAAGGUUUACGGUGUUGAUAAGGGAAGAAUGACCCUUAAAGAUAUCGGUUUUGUUCCUCUGAAUAGCUGUUAUCUGUAA